CAAAGUCAAGAGUUUAAUGAAUAUAUAGCAAACAAAACAGAUGAUGAUGAUGAUUCAGAUGUGGAUGGUUUCCAAGAUCAACAGUCUGCAAAUCACAUGAACAACUCUCUGCUGUCUUUGUACCGGAAAGGAAAUCCUGACAUUUUACGAGAAAGUCCUGAAAUUGAACAAGGGAAAAAUAGUCUCUCUAUGCCAAAGAAUGCCUUCCCUUUGAUAACACCAGCCUUUACCAGGGUUUCUGAAGGUGGAUGGUUUAUUGACAAAAACCCAAUUGGAAAAAAAGAGAAUGCUUUUUUAGACCUUUCAGAUGAGCAAAUUAACAAUAAGAAGCCAAUUUUUGAGGAUCCAAAAGAUAAUUCUUUUCCAGAGGACGACGGAAAAAGAAAAAGCAGAUUUAAGAAAACCAAGAGGAAAACCGAGGAUCUUCAGAAAGUAGACAGAGAAAUAAAAGAUAUUUUGCAAAAAAAAGCCAGACCUCAACCAUUGGAGCUACAGAUUCCAUCUGUGAGAUUUGAAGAUGUUGGGGGCAAUGAUAUGACACUGAAGGAAAUAUGCAAGAUGCUUAUUCAUAUGCGUCAUCCUGAAGUGUAUCGUUACCUUGGUGUGGUACCACCUAGAGGAUUUCUUUUACAUGGACCUCCAGGUUGUGGAAAAACAUUACUUGCACAAGCAAUUGCUGGGGAGCUUGAGAUGCCAAUUCUUAAAGUAGCCGCUCCGGAGAUUGUGUCUGGAUUGUCAGGGGAGUCUGAACAGCAGCUAAGAGCACUCUUUGAACAGGCUGUGUCAAAUGCACCUUGCAUCCUUUUUAUUGAUGAAAUUGAUGCUAUCACUCCCAAAAGAGAAGUUGCUUCAAAAGACAUGGAACGGAGAAUUGUGGCCCAGCUCCUAGUCUGCAUGGAUGACCUGAAUAAUCUGGCUGAUACAGCUCAAGUCCUAGUCAUUGGAGCUACCAAUAGACCAGAUUCCCUGGACCCAGCAUUAAGACGAGCAGGAAGGUUCGACAGAGAAAUUUGCUUGGGUAUUCCAGAUGAAGCAUCCAGAGAAAGAAUUCUUCGGACUUUGUGUAGAAAGAUGAAGCUACCGGAGACUUUUGAUUUUCAACACUUAGCCCACCUGACACCAGGCUAUGUUGGUGCUGAUCUAAUGGCACUACGCCAGGAGGCAGUCAACUGUGCCAUUGACAGGGUCCUGUUAAAGCUGAACAUGCCAAAGCAGAAAAAUAGUCCGUCUGAAGGUGUGACAACUGAGGGAAGCCUGGGAGAGCUGAUGGAAACAGAAGAUGGUUCAAAACCACAAGACCUUUCUAAUGAAUUACUGAGGCUACUAGAGUUGCUAAAGGAUCAAAAUUCCAUCCCAGAAGAACAUCUGCAAAUGCUGUGCAUAGAAAUGAAUGAUUUCAUUGUUGCUCUGUCCAAAGUACAGCCUUCUGCUAAAAGAGAAGGCUUUGUCACUGUUCCUAAUGUGACGUGGUCAGAUAUUGGAGCCCUGGAAGAUAUUCGAGAAGAGCUCACCAUGGCAAUAUUGGCCCCAUUGCGUUAUCCAGAGCAGGUUAAAGCUCUUGGAUUGAUGACUCCAGCUGGUAUCCUUCUUGCAGGGCCACCUGGCUGUGGCAAGACACUCCUGGCAAAGGCUGUUGCAAAUGAAUGUGGGCUGAAUUUCAUUUCUGUGAAGGGCCCUGAAUUAUUAAAUAUGUAUGUUGGACAGAGUGAGUCAGCUGUGCGACAGGUUUUCCAGCGUGCCAGAAAUUCAGCUCCAUGUGUUAUCUUCUUUGAUGAAUUAGAUGGAUUAUGCCCUCAAAGAGCAAAAGUGGAGUCAGCUGUCAGUGACCGGGUAGUGAGUCAACUUCUUACAGAAAUGGAUGGUGUAGAAUCACGGCAGCAGGUUUACAUUCUGGCAGCCACCAACAGGCCAGAUUCUAUUGACAGGGCCAUCUUGAGGCCUGGCCGGCUAGAUAAAACCCUUUUUGUGGGUCUCCCAUCUCCUGCUGAUCGUUUUGCCAUCUUGAAAACUAUCACAAAGAAUGGAACCACACCUCCUUUAGAUGUUUCUGUCAGCCUAGAGGCCAUUGCUUAUGACUCUAGAUGUGAUUACUUCUCAGGUGCCGAUCUCUAUCUUUUGAUAAGAGAAGCUUCCAUCUGUGUCCUAAGACAGGAAAUGGCAACUCACAAGAGUGGUAACAAAAAAGGAGAAGUCAAGGUUAGCCAGGAGCACUUUGAAGAAGCUUUUAAGAAAGUGAAACCUUCUACAUCAAAAGAGGGCAACAGCGUCACUUGGAACAUACUUCCCAUGAUUCCCACCCAUUCUCCCACAGAUAGAAAAGAAAAAAAUACAAAUUCUUGUAGCAAAUAAGCA